AUGUGGUUAUUUUCGAACUUCAAAGUUAAGGCAAAACAUCUUGCACAAAUUGUGAUUAGUGGCAUACAGAUUGUUGGAAGGGCUUUUGCAAGGGCAGUUCAGAAUGAGAUAAGAGCUAGUCAGCAGGCCGCCAAAUCCAGGUCAGGUGAAUCGAGUAGUAGUAGCUCUCACAGUGCUGCUGCUUCUUCUCUUGCUGGGAUGACAUUACAGGAAGCCAAACAAAUCCUAAAUCUAGACUGCAUUAAGAACAAGGAAAAGUUACUAGAGCAUUACAACCACCUGUUCAAAGUUAAUGAUAAGUCAGCUGGAGGGUCAUUUUAUCUCCAAUCUAAAGUUGUCAGAGCAAAGGAGAGAAUAGAUGAAGAGUUAAACCAACUGCAAGAGAAAGUAGGUGAGAAAGAAGUGAAGAAAAAACAAUCGGAUGAAUAG